AACUCAUGUGACUAUGAUCUAUGGAUGACACUACAGUCCCCUUUUCAUGCUGGUGCACCAGGAAGUAAAAUAAUUGUGACAACACGUGAUGCAGGAGUUGCAAAAAUAGUGAGAGCCAUUGAUGUUCACAAUUUGGACUAUAUAUCAAAUGAUGAUUGUUGGAAAGUAUUCAAGCAACAUGCACUCUUGGAUGUUAGUAAUUGCGGACCACAGAACUUUGAGGUAUUUCGGGGGCAAAUUGUUGCCAAAUGCGGUGGAUUACCUUUGGCUGCAAGAACUCUUGGUGGUCUUUUAGGUUGUAAAGAAAUACAUGAAUGGGGAGAAAUACUUGAAAACAAGCUGUGGAGUCUAUCUGAUAAUAGUAACAUUCUCCCUGUGUUAAAUUUGAGCUAUCAUUAUCUCCCUUCAGAUUUGAAAAGGUGUUUUGCUUAUUGCUCGAUACUUCCACAAGAUUAUGAAUUUGAGGAAAUGCAGUUGAUCCUCCUAUGGAUGGCAGAGGAUUUAAUUCCACAACCGAAAGACAACAAACAAUUGGAAGAUUUAGGUGCUGAUUAUUUUCGGGAGUUGUUAUCUAGAUCAUUCUUUCAAAAUUCAAGCAAAAGCAAUGCACGAUAUGUAAUGCAUGAUCUCAUUAGUGAUUUGGCAAGAAAGAUCACAGGAGCGAUAUGUUUUAGAUUGGAGGACGCACAGAAUAGUUACAGGCAAAUUAGAUCUUCUCCGAAGGCUCGUCAAUUGUCUUACAUUUCUGGCAUAUCUGAUGGUGUUCAAAAAUUCGAAGCCUUUGAUCAAGUCAAACAUCUGCGGACUUUUCUACCAUUUACUGUUUCAACACUGCCAGGUUUUCGACAUUGUUUGACUCGUAAGAUCACUCAUGAUCUAGUGCCAAAACUGCCAUACCUAAGGGUGUUAUCUUUUAAUGGCUAUGGAAUCACAGCUCUGCCAAAAUCGAUAGGGGAGUUGAAGUCUUUACGGUAUCUUGAUGUUUCUCAUGCAGUAAUAAAGGAUUUUCCUGAAUCUGCCAGUACUCUUUACAACUUACAAACAUUGAUAGUAAAUGAUUGUAAUUUUUUGAGAACACUACCUACAAACAUGAGGAAUCUAAUCAGUUUGCGUCAUCUUCACAAUUCGAAACUAUAUUUGUUGGAAAGAAUGCCUGGCCAACUUGGUAGUCUGACAAAUCUGCAAACAUUGAAUAAUUUUCUGGUGGCCGAAAGUGGAGAUUCAGGGAUAAGUCAGAUCGGUCCCCUAUUGCAUCUCCGGGGGACAUUGCAUCUUUCAAGAUUGGAGAAUGUGAAUGAUGCGGAGGAUGCAAAGAUGGCCAAUUGUAUUAAGAAGGACGAGCUUGAUGAGUUGGUACUCGAAUGGAGUGAAAACAGAGAAAUGAGACUAGAUGUGCUUGACAUGUUGCAACCUCACAAAAACCUCAAAAUGCUCACAGUAAGGGGUUUCAGGGGAUUGCAAUUUUCAGCAUGGAUUGGAGAUUCUUUAUUCUCUAAAAUGGUGGUGGUGAGGUUAGAAAAUUGUAGAAACGGCCAGCUCUUGCCACCACUUGGGCAAUUGUGUUCUCUGAAAGAGCUAUAUAUAAGAAAAAUGCCUGGAGUGGUAAAUGUAGGGCAGGAGUUUUAUGGGGAGGGUAGCUUGCCUUUCCCUCGAUUAGAAAUUCUGGAAUUUGAGCGGAUGGACCUUUGGAAGGAGUGGUUUUCCUAUCAACAAGAUCAGGGACUUGAAACUUUCCCUUGCUUGAAAAUGCUUUCCAUCAAAAGCUGCUGGAAACUGCAGGGUCGGUUACCUGAGAACCUUCAUUUACUGUCCACGCUUGUGAUUCAUCAAUGUGAGCAGCUAGUGGUUUCAAUCACAAAUUAUACAAGCCUUUGUGAAUUGAAAAUAAAUAAUUGCAGACAGGUGAUCCAUAGAAGUGCUGCUCAGUUUGAGUCGCUAGAGGCCCUAGAGCUUUCAAGUGUUUCAGAGUUCGUACUCCAAGCAGAGGAAUUUGUGAAAGGGUUGACAAAAACUAAAGAUCUGAAGAUUACAGUUUCUAAGAAGCCGACAUUUUUAAGGGAGAAUGAGGAUAGAUUACAGGAAAACCUGAUUUCUGUUCCUCAUUUCUUCAUUGGAAGCAACUCCCACCUUUUUUUGUUUCAUUACUUAUCAUCACUUCAGAAACUUCACAUAUACGACUGCCCUAGUAUAAUUUCUUUUGAAGAGGUUUGUUUUCCACCUUUUCUUGCAGAAAUAGAGAUUAUGCGUUGCCAUUCUCUUGUGUAUUUCGCAAGAUACCAGAUUUCCCCACAACUGAGAAGAUUAAGUAUCUGGGUUUGCAAAAAUUUUAAAUCAGUAGUAGAGAUUGAAGUAGGAAGUACUCAGACUUCAUCUUGUUGGUCUUCCUCAUCUUCUGCUUCUACUCCUUGUAUGAUGCAAAAGGAGACAACUAGUCUCGAGGACUUGGAAAUAAUUAGUUGUCCCUCUAUGACGUCCUUAGGCUACCUACUAAUCAGGACACUUAAACAUCUUCGGAUAUCGGCCUGUGAAAAUAUGGAGAAAAUAGUCGAAAGGUUCCAUGAUAACAUUCUUCUUGAAGAACUUCAAUUAUGGACAUGUCCAAAUCUUAAAUCCUUCCCGGAGGGUCUAUGCCACCUUACCAAUCUUCUAUCACUAUCGAUCAUAAACUGUGGAAGUUUUGUUUCCUUUCCAACAGAAGUGUUUCCAAGAAGCGCCUUCAACUUGAGGAAGAUAGAGAUUUCCAACUGCCCUAAUUUGGAGGGCAUCCCCAAAGGCUUGCAGAACCUGAACUCUCUUCAGGACUUUCAUGGUUUGGCGUCAUUUUUAGAUGAGGGUUUUCCCACCAAUCUAACAAGACUAGUAGUUUGGAAAGUCAAGAAUUGCAAGGCGCUAUUGGAGUUGGGAUUGCACAGACUCACCUCUCUUAGAGAGUUGUAUAUCAGUGGUGAAGAUCCAGAUUUGGUGUCCUUUCCACCCGAGGACAAGAUGACACCACCCCUGCCCAAAUCUCUCAUUCAAAUCGCAAUUGCCGACUUCCCAAAUCUUACUAAACUCAGCGAAGGCUUUCAAUUCCUCACCUCUCUUGAAUAUCUUGAAGUAUCUUCUUGUCCUAAACUAGCAUCAAUUCCAGAAGGGGGUUUGCCUCUUUCACUUAAUCGACUUUAUGUCAUUCAAUGUCCUCUGCUACAAGAGAGGUGCAAACCAAUGAAAGGUAGAUACUGGCCCUCUAUAGCCCACAUCCCUUGCAUAACUAAUGGAGGCAUGGACAUCCGGUUCUACUCCCUCCAAGAGAGCUGAUCCAGACUAAGCACAAGUGCACAACACAUUCUGCAUGUACUUAAAUGUUGUACAACUCCUUACACCAGUUACUAAAGAGGAGAUUACGAUGCUACAGCAAGCUAGCUAAUGCAGAAACUUCCAAUUUAUGAUGUCAAGACUUAUAAGCCACUGUUAGCGUGAGAUGGUACAUUGUUUCCCAAAUCCCUUAAACGAAGUUUGGAAAGGGAAUUCAAUUCAUUCCUGAAGGCUGCUUCCCUUGUUCAAGCACAACUUUUAGUCCAUCUAGGUCCUCGACUACAAAACAGAUGCAAAUGGAGUAAAGGACCAAAUUGGUCCUCCAUAUCCACAAGACCUUGAAUACUCGAGCAUCAAAUUCUCAUUCUGUUGUCCCAGUGAGCUAGGCUUCUGUCAAACUAUAUUCCAAAUGCAAAGAGGUAAUAGUAAAAUGUUCAAAGGUUGGAACCCAUUGCAGCAAGCUAAACUUAAGGGAGAGACUAAGAGAUUUGUGGUGUUAUGUUGCAUACUGGAGUCUGACGCUGGAUCUUUUUUCAGCCAUUGAUCACCGACAGCUGCCAGUUGAGACUCGAGAGUAUUGACAGGUAAUGAGAUCAUUCACAUGCUAGACGGCAAUGCUAAGGCUGCAUGUUGACUGUGGUGAGAUUUUGGAAGCCUAUAGUGAGAUUUCUCCGAACGAAUUUGAGAAAAAACAGGAGGCUUUAGUAUUGAUCGUGAUCGAGCAAACUUAUUUUGUAGAUGCAGUCUCUUGAUUGUGACGUUGGGUGUAGUUCCGGUCCUGUGCCUAAAACGAGACGGUAGAGAGAUUAUUUGGUAGUGUAUGAGAGAAAGAAUUUGUUUCUUAUCAUUGUAGUUUUUUCUCAUGAAACCUCGAACAAUAGCCCUUCACAGCUAGCUAGCUGCCAUGACAAUUGGAAGCUUCGUGGUACUUCCAAUUUCAAGAGCUUAUUUUCACUUAUCGAUUGUGCCUACAUCUGUUAAUUUGAAGGGUGAGAUGUGGUAAGAAAGAUCGUCAUCCGUUAU